AUGCGAUGCAGCCAAUGCAGCCGAGUGACCCGAGCAGGCUCGUUUUGCAGCGCGCUAGCACGUGCUUCGCAGCUUCGACACAAACGCACGAAUGACACUAAAACUCGCACGCUUGGCGCUGCGUCUGGCCGCCAAGUUCGAGAGGAUUCCAACCCACCGCCUGCGUGAUCCGCCGUGGAGCUUUCGAGCCUGCAGUCACGCUAGCAACCAGCAGCAACAGACGCACCGACGCUCAGAUUCGCGCGUUACGACGUUGAAAACGGAAAUCUUCGAAGCUGUGAAGGGUUAUCCGGUGAGCUUCGAUCAUCUCUACGACAGUGCGGUGCGGACUUUAAUAAGACAGGGUUUCAAAAACAAGCAGAUCGUCCAGAUCGUCACAAAGGCGCAGCGGAUCGUCGAAUUGCACGAGUCCCUGAGCGACAUUCUCUCCUUUUGGAGGACCAUGUUCAGGAGCGAGCCCGUUUUCCUGGUGACCAUAUCCGAGUACCCCGAGCUCCUCUACUUAAGUCCCGAGGCGGUCAAAGAUAGGCAGAAAGAACUGUUCACGGUGUUUCCCAACAAGGACAUUGUCAAGCUGGCCGAGACGUGCCCGCAGGCGUUUAUCGACGACUGGGACGAAAUAAUGGAGAAAGUGAAGUACAUAACGCAUGUCAUGGUCAUUAGUCCGGAGCACAUCAUCAGUAGCGCCGCUCUGAGCUACAGCCUACUGCAUAUCAAGACGAGGCAUCAGUUCAUGCUUUGCUGCGGCAUAUACCGAACGCCCAAGCCCAAGGAAGUUACGACCACUAAUCCGCCCUUGGACAAAAUCAUCGGGCUGCCACUUCGCCUGUACCUCAACAUAUGCGGAGUCUCGCCUGAUGAGUAUGGUGUGUUUGAAAGACUCAUGAUCAAAGAGCAAGAAGAUGAGGACAGCGAUGACGAACUUGAUUAACAUGCCGCAUGUGGCCUUCAUAGCGUAAGAAUGUAUUGCUGAUGUAUGCCUCCACUAUGUGCCUCCACAUGCGCGCCAAGUUACCCUAUAGUAGAGCCAGAAGAAAGUCGCAGUUCAUUGUGCAUGACACUUUUUGCGUUUGUCAGGAUCGGCAAGCCUGG